CCUGUCUGUCCGCCCCGUCAGCCGCCCUACAUCCGCCCAGCCGUCUCAGCUUUCCCACCUUACGUCUCGCACGCCUCGGUCAUCAGCAUCGUCCGCACACGACUGCCGCGACUCGUCUGCCCGCUCGCUAUGGACCGUCGACUGUAGAAACAGCGUCGCCAGCAUCUAGUCUUGCCGCCAUUGUUGCCAUUGUUGCCAUUGCCCGCCGUUGGGCGCGUGUAAAAUGGCCGGCAUCGAGAAGCUCGAGGUGCACAGCAAGUCGUACAUCGUCCGCUGGGUCAACGUCGACGACGACAACACGCUGUCAUGGAGCAUCCAACCUAACAAGAAGUCCAUAAACUUUGGCAUCGUCAAGCAUCCUGGCAGCGGCGCCACCACGAUCCUCGCCUCCAAUGGACAGUUCCUCGACUCGUCCCAGACGCAGGGCGUCACCGACGGCAAGUCGAGUCGCUUCAAGAAGGAAGCCACCGCGCAGGACCUUUUGACGAGCAAAGGAUUCAUACCCAUAGCAUGGCACGGGAAAUGCGAGGCCGACAAGGUCUCAAUGGGCACCUACGAUGUGCCGUACGGCCAGGGCGGCAUGUACGGCCUCGUCUUUGACAACACCUUUUCCAAGCAGACGUCCAAGACGGCCACCUUCGUCGUCCUCACGUACCCUACUGGCGUCGCGCCGCAGAUGGCGAACCACCUCCCCAAUCUCCAGAUGCCCAACGCACAGUCGAGCCAGACCAGCCUCGGUAAACAUAGCAGCCCCCGCAACGAGGCUGGUCCGUCCACCUCUGUCGAUAGCCUUCACAGCCAACACGCCCGAGCCCGAGCUGCUACUGCUACGUCGGCGAGGAGCGAUACUACCGCACAGCAACCUUACCACGUCGGUACCCUGUCCAAGCGAAGACGCAAGAAGGGCCAAGGCUAUGCCCGCCGCUUCUUCUCGCUCGACUAUUCAACUUGCACCCUUUCCUACUACUACAACCGCAACUCGUCGGCCCUUCGUGGCGCAAUCCCCCUAAGCCUGGCUGCUAUUGCUGCGGACGAGCGGCGACGGGAGAUCAGCAUCGACUCCGGCGCCGAGGUGUGGCAUCUGAGAGCCCCAAACGACAAGGAAUUCCAGGAUUGGGCACGCGCUCUCGAAAGGGCUAGUCGUGUCGCCAGAGGUGUAGAGACUGUCCAACAACCUGCGAAGCCCAAGCUCCAGAUCAACCAUAUCCCCGCGAAAUCUCCUCAGGAGCACAACCGACUUGAGGAUGUUGAAUGGCAGCAGGUCGAGACUUUGGUCAGCCGUGUCGUUGGCACGCGCGAUGCUCUUCGACGACUGACAAAGGAAGUGGCCUGCCUGCCGAAGCCAUCUCCCGCAGGGCAGUACCUGUCGCCUGGUUCUGCCGUAUCCACCGACGAGGCAAAGGACGGGUAUUUUGCCACGCCGCCGGAGAAGAAGCCGUUCUGGAAGCGCAAAUCCAGCGCCUCGGCGUUGUCGUCGGCGACCUUGCAGCUGUCUACGCCAUCCGUGGAUACUGCGACCGGCCCAGCGUCUGUCAAUGGCAGCAAGGCCAAGCGCAAGUCCCGUGGUGCCGCACAGGAGGAGAAGUCCAUACACGACCACUGCGAAGCCCUGCUAGCUGACCUCGAUGCGGUCGUCAACCAGUUCACCACUCUCAUCUCUAACAGCAAGCGGCGACGGCUCCCCAUCCCGCAAUCUGCCGGCGGCGCUUCGCGCAUGAGCAUUGAGACGACAUCGACAGAUGAGUUCUUCGACGCUGAGGACGCUAAGUCUGCUGUGAUGAAGAUCGAUGGUAGCGAGGACGAAUCUACGCACACGGAAGUCGAGGAAGAGGUGGACAUACAGGAUAGCUCUUCCAUCUCGUCGAUGGAAGACGACGAGCCGGUCGGUACCGACAGCGCCGGUUAUCUGUUCCCAUCUAAGCCGAAGAAUCUGCUGCCCCUACCCAUAGAGAAGCCGGUAUCGAGAAGGACUCAAAUCCCCCCCGCGAUGGUACAGCCGCCAAGCCUGAUUGCAUUCGUCCGCAAAAAUGUCGGCAAAGACCUAAGCACUAUUAGCAUGCCGGUGUCCGCCAACGAGCCCACGUCGCUCCUGCAGAAGGUCGCAGAGCAACUGGAAUAUGCGCAGCUUCUGGACAAGGCCGCCAGGCAAAAAAGCCCGACGGAGCGCCUGUUGUUCGUUACGGCCUUUGCCGUUUCGCAGUUCAGCAACGGCCGUGCCAAGGAGCGUGCGAUUCGGAAGCCAUUUAACCCAUUGCUCGGCGAGACAUUUGAACUCGUUCGCACAAACAAGGAGGUUCCGGGAGGCUUCCGUCUCCUCGUAGAGAAGGUGCAGCACAGGCCAGUGCGGCUGGCGAUGCAUGCAGACUCUGCCAACUGGUCGUUCUCGCAGUCACCCGCGCCCGGCCAGAAGUUCUGGGGCAAGAGCGCCGAGAUCACAACGGAGGGCCGUGUCAGGAUCGUGCUGCGCCUGUCGGACGGCAGUGACGAAUUUUACUCGUGGAACAUCGCCACCAUGUUCCUGCGCAACGUGGUCAUGGGCGAGAAGUAUGUCGAACCAGUGGGCACCAUGCACGUGGUCAACGACAGCACUGGCCACAAGGCCAGCGUCGAGUUCCGAAGCAAGGGCAUGUUCGGCGGCCGAGCUGAAGACGUUCACGUUGAUACGUUCAGCCCCGACGGCAGCAACACGGGCAGCGGCCUCACGGGCACGUGGACCAGCGGGCUGCGCACGGUCGGCCCUGGCAAGGCGGCGAGCGAGGAGGUGUGGAAAGCCGGGUCGUUGGUGGACAACGCAUCGCAGACGUACGGUAUGACGCUCUUUGCGGCCACCCUCAACGAGAUAACAGACGUGGAGAAGGGCAAACUCGCACCAACAGACAGCCGACUGCGUCCUGACCAGCGCAUGGCGGAGAAGGGCGACCUGGACGAGGCGGAGACGUGGAAGCACAAGCUCGAGGAGGCCCAGCGCGCCCGGCGUCGGGCCAUGGAGGACCGCGGGGACUCACACAAGCCGCGCUGGUUCGUCAGAGCAGAGGAGUCACCUGAGGGUGAGGAGGUAUGGAAGAUCAAGACGGGCAAGGACGGCUACUGGGAGGAGAGGGCCAAGGGUAACUGGACGGGCGUCGAGGCAAUCUUCGACGUGCCCAACGAAUGAUGACCGAUGGAACGCGUUGUGAUGUGUGGUAUUCGGAAGAUGAACGGGCCGCAUUGAAGUCGUGGCCCCUGCGGCCAGUGUUGCGACUGUCUUCGCUUCUUUGCUCUUUGGGAAUUCACAUGGCGGAGCCGCCUCGUCUACCUACUGUCGCUGAUCCCUUGCCGCUGACGCCUUGUGACUGUGACCGUACAAGACUGCAUCAUGGUACUCCGUACGUGGUAUCCUCUGGGCUUCACGUGAGGACCCCUGCCGAAAUUGCCGGCCGCAUCGUUUCGAGAAAUUUUGCAUAAAAUGCCAAGCAAGUGUGAGCGCUCGCGGCAAGAAGCUGCUGACUGGGCAGCUGGCGCCUGAUAUGGUUUGGCGGAGAGAGAGGGCACGGCACGGAGCCGUGGAAGGGCCGCAGAUACCUACGCUCGCAUGAUGAAGAAGCCAAGGCG